AUCGAACCCCAGAUCAUGUAUUCCUUACGGCUGCAGAGGUCCCUACGGGCAUUUGAGACGCUCCUCCCAGCAGCGGACCCUUCUCGGCUUGUAUCCCACCACAAUCGCAGCUUUUUCUCCAGCAAUGCUGCCUUCGGACUCGCGAAUAACCGCUCCAUAAGCCAAUCUACUUCCUCAAGACAGUCCUCCGUUCCAGCUGAGAAGCCCCCUGCAUCAGUGUCAUCACGAAAACAACCUCCAUCAACCCCCACAACAUUAUCUGCCGACCGGGCCUCUCGCAUCACAGCGCCGACACCAUCCCAGCCCACCACCUCCAACAUCUCCAAAACGGGCCUCUCAGACAGACCCCUCGAGCUAGAAACAUCCCCCGAAGAGAAUAUUGACUGGACUCGCUCUUUUCAUGGACUCAGCGCUGAACCUUUCCCUAAGGAAGCCGCCGAUAUUCUCCUCGCACCGACAGAUCCGGAAGAGGUCGAAAUCAAGCCCGAUGGCAUCCUAUACCUUCCUGAGAUCAAAUACCGUCGGAUUCUGAACAAAGCGUUUGGUCCUGGUGGGUGGGGAUUAGUUCCUAGGAGUGAGAGUAUUGUUACACCGAAGACAGUUACGAGGGAGUAUGCUCUAGUUUGUAAUGGGCGCCUGGUCUCCGUCGCAAGGGGUGAACAAGACUAUUUCUCUCCCGACGGCAUUCCAACAGCCACCGAGGGCUGCCGCUCCAACGCGCUCGUCCGGUGCUGCAAAGACCUCGGCAUUGCUAGCGAAUUGUGGGAUCCGCGCUGGAUCCGCAAGUUUAAGGCUGAAUAUACGCGGGAGGCAUGGGUAGAGCACGUGGUUAAUAAGAGGAAGUCCAAGAUCUGGGUACGGAAGGAUGAUGAGGUUUCUUAUCCGUGGAGAGAGACGAAAUAAUACAGUCGUCCGUCUUCAUUAGAAUCUUCUACGGUAAGAGACAGCGGGAUUUUUUUUUUGGCUGGUUUUGCCGUGUAUAAUAUGACAGGAAGGAAUACUCUCAGCUCCAUCUUAUAUCAUGUGCUAACAAGGGCAGAUAGAAUAAUGUCAGAACUUGUGUAAUAGGAACUUCUAUCUUGCGCGUGCCUAAUGGAUUCAUGCCAGGGUAAUGCCAGUGUAACAACCGCUAUCGCUGUGAAUAGUCUUCUUUCCAGAGCCAUCAACAUUCACCGUAUAUACACAUCCACCCAGGUCAGUCACGUAGACCUGCUGCCGAGCAAGGUCGAGUUUAAGACCGAUCGGCUCGUGGAAAUGCCUGGCAACAAUCUCGGGUUUCCCAGCCUUCGUCUCUGAUCCGAUGGGGGCGCGGUUCAAAGAGCUACCGGUCCAGAUCGAUGGGCUCAGGAAGUCCUUCAAACAGUAACUCGAUAUCGGAGCGAUUCGACGCAGUCUCGCCAGCAGGAAUAUCCAAGUUUGCACGGAAGAUCCGGCCCUUACCAGCCUUGCUGGGCCCCUUCUGUGUCCAAUAGAUCUUUCCAGCCUGACUGUCGACAGCGAUACCCACGCACCAUCUGGUCAUAUCCUCCUUAUCGCUGGUUCUAGCGUCUCCACGCCGGACGAGGAUUUCAUGAUUCUUCCC